UAACCUGUAAGUAAAACCCCUUGGAGAAGAAGCAAAGGAUAAAUAAAAGACGUCGCUCUAUCUAUCUAUAUAUAUUAGAGAAACCCCAGUGGUCUUCUUAAGACGAUAAUCUAAACUGGUGGGUAAAACAGAAUGGGGUUGAUAAGAAGCUACUUCUCCUUCGUCUGCGGAACCAUCAGCGGGAUUUAUAUAGCGCAGAGCUACAACGUUCCAAACAUAGAAAAGGUGGGUCAAACAGUUUACACCAUGGCCAAGCAGAUGGAAGAGAGAUACCGUAAGACAACGACCAAGUCCAGGGAAGAUUUCCAAGACGACUAAAUAAACAUAUGCUACUGUCUUCUAUUUUCCAGUUUGUAUGAUAAAUUUGUUAUUUUACUUCCAAGAACAUUCUUUGUUUUCUUGAUGAAUCUGAUUUGAUUCCAAUCAUAACAACACGAUUCUUCAUAUCUUA